CCGUGCUGUACUCAACAUAACGUCUAAUGUCACUUUCUAUCCACAGCUGAUUCGAGUCUUCGUGAAAUAAAGUCUCUCUUUCCCGGAUCGUAAUCCCAUAACCUUGCCCUCGUCGUUAUUUUGAAUCGACGAGUUGUCGAGGAUAAAAAAAAUUAACUCGUCGAAAGCCAAGGAUAGAAAAAAAAGUUGCGAGCAGUGCAUAGUAGUUUUUUUCUCUCUCGAAGCUCACGCGAGAGCGGUGAAUUCAAAGCGACGUGCAUACACACACCGAGUGUACAGCGAAAAGUGCUUGUGCCCGCGCGUGUGAUUAUCCUUUUUGUCGUAUAUGAUAAUAUAAAAAGGCGAUGUUCGCAAGGGAGGCAUUGGUACGUGCCAUCGGCGCCGCCGCCACCGCGGCCAGCAGCAAGCCCGGUAGCCCAGAGGCCGCGAGGGCAGUCCUUGGCCGCUCCUUUCACAGACACACCGAGAGAAGAAGAGCUGCCGUGCCAAAAUCAACCAGACUGGGCUCGGCGAGAUACUUGGACGCGUGCUAUGGAAGUGCCUUGGAGCUCGAACGAUCGCAGACCCGCGAAUACAGCUUCAUUCAUGACAGUCACUAUAUGUAUACAAGAGAUCAGGAUCAAGCGACAAACGCCGAGGAUGUCAUGUUCGACAUGUUUAAAAACGAAGAAACUGGACUGCUGCACGUCGGAAAAUUUUUGGCCGCCUUGAGGACCACCGGGCUGCGAAAGAACGAUCCACGCCUCCAGGAGCUCACGGACAACCUGAAGAAGGAGCACAUGAAGGCGGGCGGCCACGAGGGCAUCUCGCACGAGACCCAGAAGCUCGACCGUGAGCAGUUCCGGCGCGUCAUCACGCCCAACAUCGUCCUGAUCUCGCGCGCCUUUCGCCAUCAGUUCAUCAUCCCCGACUUUCCGGGCUUCACCAAGCACAUCGAGGACUUUUACUGGAAGUGCAAGUCCAACGGCGAGGGCAAGGUGGCCUCGUACAUACCUCAGCUGGCGCGCGUCAAUCCGGACAACUGGGGCGUCUCGGUCUGCACCAUCGACGGGCAGCGCUUCAGCAUCGGCGACACCACCGUCCCGUUCACGCUGCAGUCGUGCAGCAAGCCGCUCACCUACGCCAUCGCCCUGGAGCGCCUCGGCCAGGAGGUCGUGCACCAGUACGUCGGCCAGGAGCCCUCGGGGCGCAACUUCAACGAGCUCGUGCUCGACCACAACAAGAAGCCGCACAAUCCGAUGAUCAACGCGGGCGCCAUCCUCGUUUGCGCCCUGCUCAAGGUCCUGGUGAAACCCGAGAUGACCCUGGCCGAGAAGUUCGACUUCACCAUGAACUACUUCAAGCGGCUCGCGGGCGGCGAGAAUCUCGGCUUCAACAACGCCGUCUUUCUGUCGGAACGCGAGGCGGCCGAUCGCAACUACGCCCUCGGCUUCUACAUGCGCGAGCACGGCUGCUACCCCGAGAAGACCAAUCUUCGCGAGUGCAUGGACUUUUACUUCCAGUGCUGCUCCAUGGAGUCGAAUUGCGAGGCCAUGUCCGUGAUGGCGGCCACCCUGGCCAACGGCGGCAUCUGCCCCACCACCGAGGAGAAGGUCCUGAAACCCGACAGCGUGCGCGACGUACUCAGCCUCAUGCACAGCUGCGGCAUGUACGACUACAGCGGUCAAUUCGCCUUCAAGGUCGGCAUACCCGCGAAAUCGGGCGUCUCGGGUAGCAUGCUCGUGGUCAUACCCAACGUGAUGGGCAUCUGCAUGUGGUCGCCGCCCCUCGACCCGAUGGGAAACUCCUGCCGCGGCGUCCAGUUCUGCGAGGAGCUCGUCAACGAGUUCAACUUCCAUCGCUACGACAAUCUCAAGCACGCGACCAAUAAGAAGGACCCGCGCCGCCACAAGUACGAGACCAAGGGCCUGUCCAUCGUCAAUCUGCUCUUCAGUGCGGCUAGCGGCGACGUCACUGCUCUGCGCAGGCAUCGUUUGAGCGGCAUGGAUAUGACGCUUUCCGAUUACGACGGCCGCACGGCCCUCCACUUGGCAUGUAGCGAAGGUCAUCUCGAUUGCGUCGAAUUCCUCAUCGAGCAGUGCAGCGUUCCAUACGAUCCCAAAGACAGAUGGGGAAACAGACCGAUCGACGAAGCCGAGACCUUUGGCCACUCACAGGUGGUUGAGUAUCUGAAGAAUCACGAGAAGAUGCGACAGGAGGCGGCCGCGGCGGCGAAAAACAACAACGGCAACGGCGGUGGCGACAACGGCGGAAGCGAUCCCGAGGGCAAAGAGCCCACUGGCGCCGCAGCGGAGCCCGCGACAUCGAGGGCCAAGGAUCCGCCGAGCAAAGCCGCUCAGGCGGACGCGAUAAUCGAUCCGGCCUCCUCGCCCGAUGGUAAAACCAUUCCGGCCUCGCCUCUACCUUAAAGCGUGUGGCGGUGUGUUAAGCCUGCCCUUGUCGACUUAGGGAAGCUCGAACUGUUUUUUUGUCUCUGUUUUUUUUUUUUUUUUGUUAGAUUUUUAUAAUUGUUCCAAUUGUUUUAUGUAACAGGACGAUCAUUUUAAUGUACAAUUUUUAUCGAUUAAAAAAAGAAAUUUUAUCAUAAAGUAACUUCGAAAGACUGGGUCUUAUUCUGAUGAAUAUAACGUUAAUGAUAAUUUUUGUAUAGCUACGUAGCCUAAUAAGCUGUGAUUUAUUUGAAUGCGCUGAACGGAUUGUAUCUGCAGCACAUUUUUUCCCAUACGUGAAAUACCUUUUCGUCUAAGUCAAUUGAAAAUUAGGGUUGUAAAGCACAAAUCCAGUGUGCUUACUUUGCUCUAUGUUUUAUGCCUAUCUCUCUUGGUUCUUCUUAGGCUUAAUAGCAACUUUAUGGGUGCUUGAAAGUGUUGUGUGUAUUAUAGUUGAAGAAAAGAUUUUACUUGGGCGCCGUCCUUGCGUUGAACAGAAAAAUGCCACUACAGCUGCAAAAAAACUGAAAAAUGUAUAUUCAAAUGCAAUAUAUGUAUACUCGUAUUAUUACAUGAUAAAUGAUUUCGAGCGACAAUAAAUUUUCCAAAGACUAUCGAUCCCGUUGUGGAUGUAUACGCCGUCGUGUGCAGCUAUGUAAAAGCGCGUCCGAUGUUUUACUGAAAAUAUUAUAUGCGAAUGUAAAAUUCUUCAAAGAUUUAUCAUUGUUAUAUUCAAAUUAUUUGUCUCUCUAUAUCUAGGUGUUAAUGUUUUUAAAAAACAUAUCUACCUGGUGCAAUGCAUGUUGCGGCUUCUCAUCCGAUUUUCAAUCGGUACAAUAUCGCUCAUUCAUAUCCCAACAGUUUUGAGGAUAAUCAGUCAAUAUAAUUGUGAAUGCUAUUUGCUAACGAGCGACGAUGACCCGUAAAUAUUUACGUUAAGGUUUUCAAAUGUGCAAUAAAAAGUAUUAUUAUCUCAGCAAAGUUGAACGAUCAUAUCGGCAUAUUUUCAAAAGGGGGGUGGGGGAGGGGUGAAAUCGUUAUCAAAAGUAGUAUUAGCUACUGGUGCGUGGCCUAUCGAAAACACAGUCAAUAUCAAUAAAAAUUUUACUCGUUGACGAUGAUCGGUGCAAUGGUCAUCAUUGUAUGAACUAACAUUGGCCAACUACUUAUCACAUAUUUUGCUUACAAGCCACGCAUUCAAUUAAGAAUAGCACAUACUAUUGAAACAAAGUGAACUGACAAUAAUAUUUUAUAACGAAUCUUCUAUCUAUAGUUAUUUAAUUGUUAAUUUUAUAAAAUUACAUGCGUUAUCCUUGCACAUAGAUUAUUGAUAAAUGUAACCAUAAGUAAUGCGGCUUAUGCGUGUGAUUUCGACCUUUCGGUAGGUUUAAAAAAUUUUAUCAAAAGUCAAGAGGAAUACAAUAUUAUAAAAUGGAACAAAUAUAUACGUAAUCUUGUUAUUUAUGUUAUUGAUGUUGUAAGAGUUUUAUCAGCUAAACGCAUACAUGUAAAUAAAAAUAAA